AUGCCCGAGUCACAUCGGCGGACGAAUAUCUCCUAUCCGGCGACACCCAGCAGGCUGUCAGGUUUUACAUGUCCAGUGACAUCGUGCAAGCAGGAACAUGCGGAUGGAGACUGUAGUGUGGAUGUGGUUUUGAAUAAGACGACCGAGGUUGUGCGGAAUGAAAUUGAAGCUUUUAGAAACUCGGCUCAGGCAGCUGCAGUCGUCCUACAAUUAGAAGAGAAGGAUCGAUGGUCCAUUGCCGGGGUAGCAUCAUUACGGGAUCGGGAACCUCGGACUCGAGUAUUGAACGGUGGACGGUUAUGUGCGACCUAUUCCAUGGCGCAAAUGGGAGAACUUGCGUACGACUCGGAAGUUGUGUUUACGUCACAGCUACCUGGGGAAGAGGUUGAAAUUCUCGACAAUCUGUUAUUAGAUCAAGUGAAAGAGUCCACCCGGUCUGAAUUAGAUUGUCAAGUCUGCUACGGAUUAUUUUUGGAUCCAUUGACGACGCCUUGCGGGCACACGUUUUGUCGAACAUGUACCCACCGACUAUUGGAUCACUCGCGCCUAUGUCCAAUAUGUCGAAGGACUAUCAGCACCCCCCCAGCAAGUACCUCUACUCAAGCUCCUUCAAAUAUGUUGCUUGUCAAACUACUCAUGGGUCUGUGUCCAGAUGCACUGGAGGCACGUGCCGAAAUGGUAAAGACAGAAAAUCUAAACAGUAUAGGUGAACUUGAUACGCCACUAUUUGUCUGUACAUUAUCUUUUCCUACAGCACCGACAUUUCUGCACAUCUUCGAACCACGCUACCGGUUAAUGAUACGGCGAGCAAUGGAGACUGGAGAUAGAAAAUUUGGUAUGAUCUUACCAAAUCCCAGGAGAGAACCACAAGGUGACCUCGGUCCUGUACCAUUCUACGAAUACGGUACUUUACUUCAUAUCAUCACCAUGCACGUCCUACCAGAUGGCCGAAGUCUCAUCGAAACAGUCGGAGUAUCUAGAUUUCGUAUCCUCGAGCACGCCACUCUGGAUGGUUACAUGGUCGGCAAAGUCGAAAGAAUCGAAGACAUGAGCCUAGCGGCCGAAGAAACCCUCGAAGCAGCCGAAACUUCAAUCUCAUCAGCCCGUCCCCUCUCCUCUCAAGAUCACUUCGGCGCCCCUCCAGACCACCCACGGACCUCCCCCCCACAGCUCGAUCUCACCUCCCUCUCCACCCAACAACUAAUGGAAAUCGGCACCUCCUUCGUCGAAAAAAUGCGCCGCCAAUCCGCCCCCUGGCUACACACUCGCGUCUUCACCACCUACGGCGAGAUGCCCACUGACCCGGCCACCUUCCCCUGGUGGUUCGCCAGCGUGCUGCCUAUCGCCGAGAGCGAAAAGUACAGACUCCUGCAACUGCAGAGCGUUAGGGAACGGCUCAAGUACUGUGCGGGCUGGAUCGCUCAAUUAGAAGCCCAGAGAUGGUAUGCAUAUUUCUUAUGCCCCUGUUCCUAA